CGCUUCUCUGGUUAUCCUCUCUGCUCCGGGCUGGUCUACGACUAGAGUAGAGAGAACGAAGAAAGCUGAAAUGGAGUCGUCUGCCGAUACUUGAGCUUUGGUCCUUUCUUUUGACUCGAACUCUGAGAUGGUAUAGGAGCUUUUCGAGCCCUCUCCUCUGAUUGAGCUUUUUGCUUGAAGAAAAAUGGCCAUCGGCAGUUUCAUCUCGAACCACAAUUUCGGUUCGUUUGUCGGCUCAGGAAAAUUAGGUCAAACAGAACAUGUUAUUUCACAUCAGAGAGGAGGGCGUCUGGGUGUUGCUUUUGGUCUACCACGACAGGGACAUAGGAAUAUGUUCUACCAACAAUCGGGAAGUCUAAGGGAAAAUAUUGCUACAUCUAGAUGCUUGUAUGGACCAUUUCUUCAUGCUCUUGCUACCUCAGAUGGGAAAUUUUCAAAGCCCAUAGGAAGACUAAGUGAUGGAGGGAAGCAUGCUUGUCCAUUUCCCUUGCCAACUAUUUGCAGCAUCAACCCUAGGCAAAGGUUCUGUGGGCAGUCUCGGUGCUAUAUUUCUUCAUAUUCUGCUCGAAGCAAGCAGAUUCAACCAAUAGGGCUGAGUACAUGUAGUGGGUAUUCUGAGCAUGUUAAGAAAUCAAACAGAACCUGUGCUUAUUACAAGUCUGAGGAGUAUGACAUAACAGAUGCAAAGGUGGACUCGCUGACAUCAAUUGAAGAGUCAAGUGAAGCUGUUUUAGUGGAAGGAAAUGUGCCAAAAGUAUCUUCUUGGUGGGAGCAGUUUCCCAAGCGUUGGGUGAUCGUACUGCUCUGUUUUACUGCAUUUCUAUUGUGCAACAUGGACCGUGUGAAUAUGAGCAUUGCUAUACUUCCAAUGUCGAAGGAGUUCAACUGGAACAGCGCAACAGUUGGCUUAAUCCAGUCCUCCUUUUUCUGGGGAUACCUACUUACUCAGAUUGUUGGAGGCAUAUGGGCUGAUAAAAUUGGUGGGAAGCUGGUAUUAGGUUUUGGAGUCAUCUGGUGGUCAGUGGCAACAAUUUUGACACCUAUUGCAGCAAAAAUCGGGCUUCCUUUUUUGCUUACCAUGCGUGCUUUUAUGGGAAUUGGUGAGGGUGUUGCUAUGCCUGCAAUGAAUAAUAUGCUCUCUAAGUGGAUUCCCGUGUCAGAGAGAAGCAGAGCACUGGCACUAGUAUACAGCGGCAUGUAUCUUGGUUCUGUCACAGGGUUGGCUGUCUCUCCUGCUCUUAUCCACAGGUUUGGGUGGCCAUCUGUGUUUUACUCAUUUGGCUCCCUUGGAAGUAUCUGGUUUGCGUUAUGGCUAAGUAAAGCAUAUAGCUCACCAAAAGAAGACCCAGAACUUAGUGUGGAGGAGAAAAGGCUUAUCUUGGGUGGUAACAUAUCGAAGGACCCUGUUUCUGUCAUUCCUUGGAAAUUGAUUUUAUCAAAAGCACCUGUUUGGGCUCUUAUAAUCUCCCAUUUCUGCCAUAAUUGGGGAACAUUUAUUUUAUUGACAUGGAUGCCUACUUACUACAAUCAGGUAUUGAAGUUCAACCUUACUGAGUCUGGGCUCUUUUGUGUCUUGCCAUGGUUGACCAUGGCUGUUUUUGCCAAUAUUGGAGGCUGGAUAGCAGACACACUUGUGAGCAGAGGUCUUUCCAUAACAGCAGUUCGAAAGAUCAUGCAAUCAAUUGGUUUUUUGGGCCCAGCCUUCUUUCUUACGCAGCUGAGCCAUGUCAAGACACCUGCUAUGGCUGUGCUAUGCAUGGCAUGCAGUCAGCCAGAACAGUAGAGAGGGGUAUUUGUAGGAAGCAGGGCACAGAAUGCCAGUAUAAGUAGAUCACUCAUCUCCUUUGCAGGUAAUUGCAAUGUUUGGAUGUCAAGCUAUGUUAGUUUCUAAAAAAGAUCAAGAAUGGACAAUGGAAGAGCUCAAGACUUUCAAUGCCCUCCUUCUUUGGACAGCCUCUAUAGAUUUUAAUGGGCUUAAUUUCCAUGACUAUAUUUUCUCUCUUUCUAUUUCUAGAUAGGUGGCUCUCUUGUAUAUCUCCCAUUGACUUGGAUUGCGUUUUUUAUGCUUUUUAAUGAUAUUUCUGUUGCUUAUAUAAAAAAAGGUUUCUAAAAGAAAACAUGUGAGCUCCAGUCAUUGUUUUGACGUCCUUAGCUAGUCUUCACACCCCUUCUUAUACAGUUGGAGCUAUUUAAAUAGCUCCGAAAAUUUGUGUUCAUGCUCUAUCAUAUUUGGCUCACGCAAUGGGGUUGGUACCUGGACACCUUUUGAGCUUAAACUAGACCAGAAACAAAGCACUAUGAAUUCAAAUUGGCAGUCUAACAAAGCACUAUGAAUACAGUUACCAAAAUUAGAAUAAACUGUCUUUUAGUAUAGAUGAAAAAAAAAAAAAAACUUUAUAACCUCCAAGGGUGCCAACUUGUAAAGGAAUUCCAGUAUGCA